AUGUGCAUGAAGGCAACGUGUAGUUCGUGCGGCAAGGUCACCUGGUUCGGCUGCGGCAGCCACAUCGGCUCGGUCCUCGACAGCGUCCCCGCCGACCAGUGGUGCACCUGCGAGCCCAAGGUCGACGUCAACGGGACCCAGUACCCCCCCAAGGCCAAGUACUACUACUAG